UCAUUUUCCUUUCACUCUCCUCGUCUCCCAAAUUUCUUCUACUCCCAAAUUUCCGGAGAGAGAAAUAAACUGGAGAGAGAAUUACAGUAAUGGCGGAAAUUUCUCUGAGAAACUUUGCUCUGUUCACAUUCUUGAUUUCGGCGUGCUUCUUAUGCGUUGUCGUCAAUGGCCGAUUGUCCGAAGACGAAGUAACUUUGAGGGUUGAAGAACAGCUGAAAAGCUUGAUGAAUUCAUCAAUGGCGGAUAGGAUCAAAGAAGCUGAAAAGAGAAAUGAGCAAGCUGCAGUUGAACAACCUGAAGAGAUUAUGUCUAUGGUCCAAAGGAGCAUUAGCAACAGCACAGCUAGGAGAAACCUGGGAUACUUCUCAUGUGGAACAGGGAACCCAAUUGAUGACUGUUGGAGGUGUGAUCGUAACUGGCACAAUAACCGAAAGAGGCUUGCUGAUUGUGCUAUUGGGUUUGGCCGCAAUGCUGUUGGUGGCCGUGAUGGGAGGUUUUACGUGGUUACUGAUCCUACUGACCAUGACGCUGUGAACCCAAAGCCUGGGACUCUCCGUCAUGCUGUCAUCCAAGAGGAGCCACUUUGGAUUGUUUUUCAGAGGGAUAUGGUGAUCACUUUGAAGGAGGAGCUCAUUAUGAACAGUUUUAAGACCAUUGAUGGAAGAGGUGCGAAUGUCCAUAUUGCUAAUGGAGCUUGUAUUACCAUUCAGUUCAUCACCAAUAUUAUUAUCCAUGGUAUUCAUAUCCAUGACUGCAAGCCAACUGGGAAUGCAAUGGUGAGAAAUUCCCCUUCUCAUUAUGGGUUUAGAGGCAUGGCUGACGGUGAUGGGAUUUCCAUCUUUGGAGCAAGUCAUAUAUGGAUUGAUCACAACUCCCUUGCUAAUUGCGCGGAUGGGCUCAUUGAUGCAGUCAUUGCAUCCACUGCCAUUACCGUUUCUAACAAUUAUUUCACUCACCACAAUGAGGUGAUGUUGCUGGGUCACAGUGACUCGUACACAAAGGAUAAGAUAAUGCAGGUCACCAUUGCCUACAACCACUUUGGAGAAGGUCUUAUGCAGAGGAUGCCGAGGUGUAGACAUGGGCAUUUCCAUGUUGUGAAUAAUGACUACACCCACUGGGAAAUGUAUGCCAUUGGAGGAAGUGCAGAUCCUACCAUUAACAGUCAAGGGAAUAGAUACCUUGCCCCAUCCAACCCUUUUGCCAAAGAGGUGACGAAGAGGGUGGAAACAAAUCAAGGAAAUUGGAAGCACUGGAAUUGGAGAUCAGAAGGAGAUCUACUUCUAAAUGGUGCCUUUUUCACACCAUCAGGAUCAGGAGCUGGUGCUAGCUAUGCAAGAGCCUCCAGCUUGGCAGCCAAGCCUUCGAGCCUUGUAUCAACUCUGACUUCAGGUGCCGGUGUUCUCACUUGUCGUCGUGGUAGAUCUUGCUAGCCCCAUUUACCCACAAUUUCUAUCCAAACUAAAACAGAACACCCAAUUGCUAAAAUCAAAACUUUACAAAGAAAAACAACAACAAAAAACCAAAAAAAGUUGCCCAUUUCAAUUUCAUUCCUUUAUCAGCUUCUAAGCUUUUCUACUACCCAGAUUUCACCCUUGGUACGACAAGUAAAUUGAUUAUAGUGUAUAUUUUACAUUUGCCUUACCACCAUCACCAUGUACACCACUACACCGAUUGUCAAACACACUAUCCUUGUGAUCGCUCAACCUCCGUCUUGCUCCCCAUAUGUAAAGGUUUUGUUUUAUGAAACCGUAAAUGGGGCGAUUCUGGAAGUGUUGUUCAUUUCCUAAGUUGUAUUCUACCACCUCUUCUGAACUGUCCUAUUGCUCAUUUUCUCCCAAUUAUAAAACAUUGCUUCUCAAUUUUUCUGUUGCAGCUUGUUAGUGAUUCUGUCAGUCACUCAAGUUGCUUCAUUUACUUAGUUUCAGAUUAAAAGAAAUUGAAAUAGACAGGAUGAAAACAUUUUCAAAAACAAGGAAUUGGUGAUUGAUUGUAACCAUAAUUGUGGAACAUUAUUACAAGUUAUAUUCAGCAAUUAAGAUUUUUGGUUUAUUCUAUAAU